AAAAUAAAAACAAAUUAAAGUGAAAAACCCUAACUAAACCCUUUCUCAAUCUCACGUCUCUCCCUCGUCUCUCUCGGCUACGGCAAGCCACAACAGCACGCAGCGGCUGCGACAGGACCACCGGUUACAUACGCCGACAAUAGUGCAGCUUAGACCAAAAGUUUCCCGUUAUUAAUGGAGGUCUUGGUGGCCUCGUCUUCUGUUGACGCCGGCAUCAGCUGCUGGGACAUUCAAACCGGCGCAGAGCAGCUCCGUUACAAGUCAUGCGUGUCCCCAUCUCAUGGCCUUGUCUGUGUUGGUCGAAGCUUCCUAGCGUCCUCUCAGCUCCGCGAGGCCAAAACCGCAUCUGGUUCUAUUUUCUACUGGUCUUGGACAAAGCCUCAAGUCGAAGUUAAGAGUUUUCCAGCAGAACAGAUAGGGCCGCUUGCUGCUAACACCGAAGGGACUUAUAUUGUCGGGGGAGGUUUGUCUGGAGAUAUUUAUUUGUGGGAGGUUGCUAGUGGUAAACUGCUUAGGAAAUGGAAUGCUCAUUAUCUGGGUGUUAGUUGCUUGGUGUUUUCUGACGAUGACUCACUACUUAUAUCCGGGUCUAUGGAUGGGAAUAUUAGAGUUUGGUCUCUUUUAAUGAUUUUUGAUGAUUACCGAAGACAACAAGCACCUUUUGCAUAUGAAUACAACUUUAUGGAGCACUCAUCUCGUGUAACAGAUAUCAAAGUGGGAUAUGGAGGCGCCAACGCAGAUAUGGUGUCCGCUUCAAAGGAUAAAACAUGUAAGGUCUGGAGCUUAUCAAAAGGGAAAUUACUAAGAAGUAUUGUGUUUCCAUCAGAGAUUGAAGCAAUUGUAAUAGAUCCUGCUGAACGUGUUUUUUAUGCUGGCAGUAGCGAUGGCAACAUAUAUGUUGCUGCACUUCAUACUGAGAUCCCAUCUAGCAAAAAUCAUGGGCUAUAUAUCAUAGGCUCAUUUCCUAAUCAAAGCAAGGUGAAUUGCUUGGAAUACAGCACAAGUAGAAAUAUAUUGAUUUCUGGAUCAGAUGAUGGCUGGGUUCGGCUUUGGAAUGUUAGUUCUCGUAAAACCAUUGGCAAGUUCAGACAUGAAAAAGGUCCUGUUAAUAAUAUUGUUAUUGUUAGACAGCCAUAUACAUGUUCACAAACAUCCAAUCGAAAGCGCGGAUCAUUAUUACCGCCUUUGGAAAAAUAUGUAAAUUCAACUGACGACGAAGAUACAGAUACUAAAACUGUCAUUAAUUUCCAGAAGACAAUCGGGGAUUCUAUGGAUGCCACAUACCUCAGCUCUUUUGUGGUUAAUAAUCAAAUCAAAGAACUUCAGCAACAAGGUUCCGCCAGUUCUGAAAUGGAGAUGGAGAGACUAAAGCAUGACAACAAAAAAUCGGUGCAAACUAUUCAGCAGUGGAAGAAAAUGUAUGGAAAUUUGCAUCAGUUUUGUGUAAAUGAGCUCUUGGAGGAAGGUGCAGAACCUUGCAAACUUGUGGGUUGCUCGAACAAGGGCUGAGGUUUGAGACCUCGGUUUCCUAAUCCCAAAAUAUUGUGGGGUUAGGCGGGAGCUGUGCAUAAGUUGGAAAGUUCCCGGCUUAGGCGCAGCUCUUAAAUUUUGCUUGAGUUAUUUUUUAACAAUGUUAGUUAUAAGAAGUACAUGGUUGUAGAAUGAAUGUUCCUUAUUUAUAAUUGUUUUAAAACUUUAACAAUGGCAUGUUUUACCACCCAAUUGAGAAGGGUCUUUUUUUGUAUUUUUUCCACUUUGGCCUCGUUAAUUAUGGGAGACAUUUUUAUGAUAAUAUAGUAAUUUUUAUUGUUUAUAAUAAUAUGUUUGCUAAAUUUGAAGUUUUA